AUGGAAUUUAUGAACACAACAUUCCUGAGAAUCAAAGGCUGCAUCGAUGAUCAUAACUUUGUCACAGAGACUGUUGGUGUCGGACAAAAUGUGACUCUCACAUGUACUCGCCAGAGAUCUUCUCACAAGGAAACCUUGCACUGGAUUAGACUAGUUUCUGGAAAAUAUCCUGAAUUCUUGGGAGGAACACAUACUUUUGAUUCCAACGAUAAGACUAUUAAUAAGACUCCUCGCAUUACAGCAAAACAAGGACCUGGAGCUUUUAUUCUGCAAAUUCAUGAAACUCAGCUAAGUGACUCUGGUUUUUACUACUGUAUAAAAGUCAAGCAGCUCAACAUGGAAUUCAUGAACACAACAUUCCUGAGAAUCAAAGAACCAGAACCAGUCCCUCCAUCUGAUCCAGAACAUCCAGGAGACCCAGUGACUCUGCAGUGUUCAGUCCUCUCUGACUCUGAGAGGAAAACAUGUCCAGAACAACAACACAGAGUGUUCUGGUUCAGAGCUGGAUCAGAUGAAUCUCAUCCCAGUUUCAUUUAUGCUGAUGGAAACAGUCAAGAUGAAUGUGAUACAACUCCUGAGGCUCAGUCUCCUCAGAAAUGUAUCUACAGCUUCUCUAAGACCUUCAACUCCUCUGAUGCUGGGACUUAUUACUUUGCCGUGGCCACAUGUGGACAGAUAUUAUUUGGAAACGGAGCAAAAUUGGACAUUAAAGAAUCUCAUUGA